AUGGAGAUCACAUAUAGUUUUCCUCAAAAGCUUUUCAACUUCACUCUUCUCAUUUGGGUGUCACAUCUUCAGGCUACUGCUCAAUCUUUCACAAAUUUCAUAUUUGGAGACUCACUGGUAGAUGCUGGAAAUAACAAUUAUCUCUUCACAUUGUCAAAAGCUGAUUCUUCUCCCUACGGCAUCGACUUCAGACCUUCUAAUGGCCAACCCACCGGAAGAUUCACUAAUGGUCGGACAAUUUCUGAUAUCGUUGGUGAAGCCUUGGGAGCAAAAUCAGCACCAACUCCUUAUCUUGAACCAAACACUGAGGUUAACACAAUUCACAGCGGGAUCAAUUAUGCUUCUGGUUCGGCUGGAAUCUUUGACGACACUGGUCUUUUAUUCAUAGGGAGGGUUCCGUUGAGAGAACAAGUGAGUUAUUUUGAGAAGAGUAGAGACUAUAUGGUAAGAAUGAUUGGUGAAAAUGGUACGAAAGAGAUGUUGAAGAAGUCAAUGUUUACAAUCACAAUUGGGUCCAAUGAUAUAUUAAAUUACAUCCAACCAUCUAUACCUUUCUUCACUCAAGAUAAGCUCCCCAUUGAUGUCUUACAAGACUCCAUGGUCUUUCAUUUAACCACACACCUUAAGCGUUUGCAUGAACUAGGAGGAAGAAAGUUCGUGGUGGUCGGAGUGGGGCCACUCGGUUGCAUACCAUUUGCUCGUGCCUUGAACUUAAUACCAGCUGGAAAAUGCUCUGACUCAGUCAACCAAAUCAACCCUAAUGAAAAUGAAUGUUUUGGUGUGGAAGGGUUGGAGAACGCGGACAAGCCUUGCUGUGGCGGCUACUUUCCACCCUUUACUUGCUUCAAGGGACCGAACCAAAACUCAAGCCAAGCGGCCUGUGAGGACCGGUCAAAGUUUGUGUUUUGGGACGCGUAUCACCCAACCGAAGCUGCCAAUCUCAUUGUUGCCAAAGCACUUCUUGAUGGGGACCAAACUGUGGCUACACCUUUUAACAUUCGUUACCUUAGCCAUCUUUAA